CAGUAGUAACCCAGAGUGAGGUGGCAGUCUUAUUCCACAUCGACACUGACUUGCCCUGCAUGCAUCCUAUCUGUCUCUAUAUCGGCUGAGCGCACUUGAGGAGUGAAAGAAGAAAAGAGUCAAGAUGGCAUCGGGAAGUGGCUGUGGACAAUCCAGGAUCUAGUUUCUUCUGGGUUUUUUUUUUUAUUGCUACCACGGAGCGCAAGUGACUGGCCGUGCAAGGCGUUAAUAACUAAGUUGCUCUUAGCCCUGUUGGGACUUCGCUGGUGUGGAAUAGCAACAAAGAACGGGAGCGCGCAUUCAUGGGACGCGACUUUGACAGCUCUUCAUCUCUUGUCUUAUAACUUUAUUACCUGGCAGCGGGGGCAAGGUUUUGACUUGAGCAGGAGAUAAUGGCUGAGGCUCCGCUAGCCGAUCCACUCCCGGACUUGGACGUGGUCAUCGACCCGGACUUCGAGCCCCAGAAGCGGCCCAGAUCCUGCACCUGGCCGCUGCCACGACCAGACUCGAACGCGGUGAAACCGGAGAGCAAUGACACAGAUAUUAUCCCCGAGGAAGAGGAUGAUGAAGAGGACAAUGCCACCCCUACGGCCAUCAGUGUCAAUGGCUCUGGCGUGGCGGCAGAGGACCAGAGCAGCAACAGCCCCGUCGCCGAUGGAGCGCUCUCAUCCCCGGGCCAGGAGAGCGGAGGCUCCCCGCUCUCCACGCACUCCCCGACGGCCACCUCUGGCGCGCUGACCUCCAGCAGCCUGGCUGCCCAGCAGACCCCGAGGAAAGCAUCAUCUCGCCGAAACGCCUGGGGAAAUCUCUCCUACGCCGACCUGAUAACCAAAGCUAUUGAGAGCGCGCCGGACAAGAGACUGACACUGUCCCAAAUUUAUGACUGGAUGGUAAGAUCCAUCCCCUACUUCAAAGACAAAGGCGACAGCAACAGCUCUGCAGGAUGGAAGAACUCCAUCCGGCACAACCUCUCCCUCCACAGCCGUUUCAUUCGCGUCCAGAACGAGGGAACAGGAAAGAGUUCCUGGUGGAUGAUCAACCCCGAGGGAGGAAAGGGUGGCAAGGCUCCUCGCCGCCGUGCAGUCUCCAUGGACAACAGCAACAAGUACACUAAGUCCGCCCGUGGGCGUGCUGCCAAGAAGAAGGCAGCGCUGCAGGCUGCAGCUGCUGCAGCAGGUGAAGGAGGCGGGGACAGUCCUUCAGGUCUCUCUAAGUGGCCUGGAAGCCCGACGUCACGCAGCAGUGAGGAGCUGGAUGCCUGGACAGACUUCCGCUCCCGCACUAACUCCAACGCCAGCACUGUGAGUGGUCGGCUCUCACCCAUUCUGGCCAACCCUGAGCUAGAUGAGGUGCCCGAUGAUGAGCCCCCUCCCUCGCCUAUGUUCUACUCCAGUCCUGGCAGAGCACUGUCUCCUGGCAAUGCCACGACCAACGGGAAAGCUGUGCCGACCGAGCUGCCUCGCCUGGCAGACCUGGCAGGCACAAUGAACCUGAAUGAUGGACUCACAGAUGACCUGAUGGAUGAGUUGCUGGAUAACAUCAACCUGGUGCCAACCACUUCCAGCCAGAACGCUCCAAAUGGUUCCUCAGGGUUCAACUUUGGGUCCAAACCCAAUGGGCUAGGCUCACCUUCCUCCACCUCCUCUCCAUCCUCCAACUCUUCGUCUAACGGUGGAGGAAAUGGCUACAGUAACUCCAUCUUUGGCCCCCACACGACGGGUUCCUCUCUGCGUCCAUCCCCCAUGCAGACCAUCCAGGAGAACAAGCAGACCUCCUUCUCCAGCAUCAGCAUGUCUCGCUUUGGCAGUCAGACACUACAAGACCUGCUUAGCUCUGACAGUCACAGCCACAGCGAUGUCAUGAUGACCCAAUCUGAUCCGCUGAUGUCACAGGCCAGCGCUGCCGCUGUCAUUUCCCAGAACUCCCGCCGUGGCCUCAUGCUCCGCAAUGAUCCCGUAAUGACCUUUGGGACCACCGGAGGACUUCAGGGCAGCCAAGGGGAGAUGCUGCAAAGUAACAACCACAACCAAAGCUCCCUGAGGUCUUUAAACGGAGGCCUGAACCUAGCCAAUGAGGCUAACGUUCUGGCUAAUGCCAAGCAGCAGCUCCUGCUCUCACCCUUGGGAGGAAAUGGGUCCUCCUCCAUGCAGAUCGACACAUCGAUCUUCCUGAAUGGAACAGUUAGCAACAGUGGAGGGAUCUGUCAGGAUCGUUUUCCGACAGAUCUGGACUUGGACAUGUUCAAUGGCAGCCUGGAGUGUGACAUGGACUCCAUCAUCAGGAACGAGCUGAUGGACGCAGACGGCUUGGACUUUAACUUUGACUCUCUGGCCAACAUGAAUGGAGUCGGCAACUUCACUAGCACCAAGCAGACCUCUCAGAGCUGGGUACCUGGCUGAGAGGGUCAGGCCGGGAAGGAGCAGAGCAGGUCUGAACUGUGUGGUGCAAGAGAAGAUCAGACACACAACACCCUUUUUGCCAAACCUGCCAUCAGCACAACGUAAAAUACAAACCCUGUGUUUACAGAAGAAGACUUCCUCUCGAGAGCUUUACCUUCGCUCCCACACUGGUGAACCAUGAACGAUCCGACAGACUCUAGAGAUGCUGCACACAAGCCCUCAAAGCCUCCUGUGAAACAACAACAACAAGAAAGCUAUGUCAAACAAUCACAACAAACUCACAAAUCUUAGAAUUAUGCAAUUUUCCUUUCGACACCCAGUCUGUUGAUAUCAAAGAGACUGUGCUUAUCAGAAGGGGUUUCAGGUGGAAUACAAGGACUAAAUAUCAAGCAAAGAUGGAAGGAGUGCACGGUGCAGUUGUUCCCAUUGAAGACAAAAAAAAAAAAAGAAAAAGACAAAAGUGUAAAGUGAAAAAAUCAAAAAGUGAUAUGGUGUAAAUCUGAUCAAGUGGUUUCCUGGAAUGUGUUAUGUUGAAAAAAAAUGCCUCUGUUCUCAUUUAGUGAUUUUAAACGUUCAGUGUUUGUUUUGUUUUUUUUGGGUUUUCCUGUAUCUUACUCACUGAGCAGCCGCGCAUCCAAAUACAUGCAAACACACAUAACAGACAAAACUACACUUUGCCCCAGUUUGCAAGAUUUCAGAACCUUAGAAGUUCUCAGUAUAAUGCCAUGCACUUCCUGUUUUGUUCUUACAAAUUGCUUGAAUUUAACGUAACCGCAGCAUACUGAGGGUUAUAUUACAAUUAGCUGAAUACUACAAAAUAAGUUUUCUCUUUUGUGUAUAUCUAACUGUAAAAAAAAAAGAAAAAGUGAAAAAAGACUAUAGGAAGAAAAUCUCUGUCAUGGAUGUUUGUACAGUGCAGGGCAGUGGAAAGUUCAAGAAGGAGGGAGGGGAAGAUACCGACUGUCUUUUCUUAGGUUUCUUAGCUUCUGGUGAGGUCUGUCGAGGUCGUUUAUCACAGCAUAUGAUGUAGCCAAAAUGAAUACCUGUGUCCUAGGGUUGUGAACAUUUCCACACCAUAACAGGUGCUAUGUAAACAGUGUUGAAUCCUGUCCUGAGAGCAAGCCGUGCAUUUACUUUGGUUUUUUUUGUUUGUUUGUUUGUUUGUUUGUUUGUUUGUUUGUUUUUUUUUGUUUUUACCCAUGACCUGCAGAAGCCCGAAGCUGCAGCCACUUGUAGCACGGCAAGGUCGAACCUGUAGACGGCGGGGGGGGGGGGGGGGGGGGGGGGGGGGGCAGGGUUUUAGGCUCAUUCCUCUAGAAGCCAUUUGUUUCUUGAGUAAAACAAUAAGCUAUCUCUGUAUAUUGCCAAAUUACUUGAAACAAACAGUAGGAUAUGCUGGCAGCCAAAUCGCAGCACGCACACACACACAUGCACACACAGACACACACACACACAUAUACACACACACACAGACACGUACAUAUAUUACACACACAUAGAAAAAAUAAUACCAGGGAUCUGUGUUAAGCUCUGCUGUUUUCUUGUCAUGAGCUUGUGGGGCUUGUUAUGCAUAUAUAGAACCACUCAGGGGGGAAAAGGGAGGCUUCCCAUUUAAGUAACAUCAAGUCACAUUCUAAUGGUAUUUUAACAUUUCUUGAUAAAAACAGUAAUGCUUUGUGUUUGUGAACUUGUAACCUGUGAACUUUUGGCCGCCAUGAUGAAGAGGAGGAAGCAAGAUCAACGUCAGGUUUAAGACUUCUCGCGGUCUGUUAUUUUUGGUUUUGCUGUCAUAGGUUUUUGUUUGUUUUUUUUUCCCCUCUUGUCGGACUCGUGACACACAUACACACAUCCCCUCAUGGACACGCCUGGUGCUCCUGCAGGUGACUUCCUGUAUCUCCUGAGUACGUGUCUGUGUGUGUAUGUGUGUGUAUGUGUUCAUCUGUGGUGUGUAUUUCUGUUGAACUAAUCUCACGACGAUGUGUAAUCCCUCACUAUCCCUCAUGGUGCAUACAGCACGGCCGACUGUAUGCAUGUAUGUAUUUAUGCAUUAUGAAUUGUGUGAAAUGCAUAUAUACUCGCUGUAUGUCUUUAUAUACUCAUGUAGUACUUGACCCUUGGAUUUUGUAAUACCUCUGAAGGUAAAGUUGAAGGAAUAAUGAACAACGUUACACGCCAGGUAGGAGGGAACACUGUUACCAGCGAUUUAAUUCUUGAACCAGAUUUUGUAAAUGGUGGAAGAAGCACCAUUGUUGUAGCAUGUUGAGACCCUGGUACCCCUUCUCUGUCUGGGGUAGUGACAUGAAGUGUAUGCCCCGCUGUGUAUAAUAGUGUACAGAUGUGUGUAUAUCACUUUGAGGCCAAGGGAGAGGAGUGUGUGUGCAUGGUUGGCUAGAAUGAUCUACUGUGCUAUCUGAGGUUUAGUGCAUGACAUAGCUGUACCCCCUUUGACCCUGCCAAUGGUGCCGUCCCUCGACAGAAAUUGUAAUACAGAGAGGAACCCUGUGUCUUCAGCACGCAAACGCACACUCUGUUUCAAUUUUUCAAAUCAGGGCUUACAGAGCAGCACUUGAACCAUCCUCCUGCAUUGAUGGGUUUACUAUUACGAGUGUGUGCACUUCGUCGCAGACGCAGAGGAAGCCUCCUUAACGGACGUCCCUCAGCUUCACGCUCCUUUUAUUCCCCGUGGAGUACAGCAGGCUCACGUCCCGGUGCUCUCAUUUGAGCUGUUAGUUAUGACCUUAACGUGGUUGAAGCAUCAUCUGACAAUGAGCUGGAAUUCCCUACAUCUUGUCACAUAUAAAAUUUCCAGAGCAUUAUCACCUUUACUUUUGGCAGGGAGAAUCCUGAGCCAUCACCUGAACUGCUAAGCAUUUGAAUUUAUCUACACUGACUGUACUAAAUAUUACUUUAAUCCUCCUGUGAAGGCGACGGACAAGGUGAAUCCAGGGAACGCUGUAAUCCUUUCUAUUUAAAGAAGAGUUAUUGAUCCCUGAUAAACUGCAAAGGGGAUCUCAAUCACAGGAAAGUGUUGCUAACAUUUUGUACAUUCAGUUUAAAAUGUUUCGGCUCUUCGGGGAGAUAGUUUACACUUAGUCAUAGUGGAGCAGGCCCUCCACACAGUCACUCAGUGCUACUGCUUCAUUCAGGCACAGAUUAUCUGUUCUUGUGCUGAACACACACACACACACACACACACCUGCAGCACAACGUGCAAAUUUAAUGCUAAGAAAAGCAAAAAAAAUUUUAGAAGAGACAUACCACUAGAUACCUUAAUCACCUCUUGGACGUUUCCUUUUCAUUAUCUUCUCUUGAACCUUUUCCAUCCUUGCUAAGGGCCAGCUCCCAUCCAUACGCCCUCUGAACUUUGCCCUUUGAACUUUGCCCUUUAUUAAUCUUGCUUCUUCUCGACUUGAUGUUAGUGGGUAUUUUUCCUGUGUAUUCCAUUUUGAAUUGUAAUCUAGUUUGUAUAAGAAAUGGUGCGCAUGUAAAUAAAGCUUGGUGAGGCUCCACACCC